AAGGAAAACGGAGCAGAAGAGCGAAACAUGGCGACUUCGAACAAUCCGCGGAAAUUCAGCGAGAAAAUCGCUUUGCAUAACCAGAAGCAGGCAGAGGAGACAGCGGCGUUUGAAGAAGUGAUGAAAGACCUCAGCAUUACCCGGGCAGCGAGGUUACAGUUGCAGAAAACUCAGUACUUGCAGCUGGGACCCAACCGUGGGCAGUACUAUGGAGGUUCUUUGCCAAAUGUCAAUCAGCUUGGAAACAGCGCUAUGGAUAUGUCUUUCCAGAAUUCAGGACUGGACACGAAUAGAUCGACGCGACACCACGGGCUGGUGGACAGAGUCUACCGGGACCGGAGCCGCAUCACAUCCCCCCACCAAAAACCCCUGUCUAUUGACAAACAUGGACGCCAGGUUGACAGCUGUCCAUAUGGUUCAGUGUAUCUGUCACCACCCCCCGAUACCAGCUGGAGGAGGGCAAACUCUGACUCAGCACUGCACCAGAGUACAUUGACUCCUGUCCAGCAGGUCUCUUUCAUCGGAGGAUCACAGGAGCUCCAGCCAAAAAGAGUUCUCCUGCUCACUGUACCAGGGGCUGAAGCAAUUAAACAAGAGGUUGAUGAAGAUGGACAAAACCAGAACUGGGAUUGCAAAAAGAACAUUUCAAGGUCCAAGCUCUGCAAAGUUCCAGGGAUCCACAUAUUCCCGUCUCCGGAGCAGCAGUUGACCACUUCACUAAAGCCAGCAGCCCACAACACUGGCGGUUCUCUGCCUGACCUGACCAAUAUCCAGUUUCCUCCUCCGCUUCCCACCCCGCUCGACUCAGAUGACGCAGUGGCCGCCUCGUUCAGCUCUUCCAACAGCACGCACGCCCUGGCUAACACGCAAGGAGUGAACACCUCUCAGCCCACAGUAACCAUGGAAAUGCAGCCUGAGCAGGACGACAUGGUUCCUCUCAUCCUGAAUGCAGGAGACUCCCACCAGCACCAGAACCUGCAGCUCUCCCCAACAUCUCCACCUCUCACCCUCUCUCAGGCGGCCAUCAACGCCAUGAACCUUGAGCAGCAGCUGGCCCAGUAUGCCUUCUUCAACCAGCAGCCGUCGUCCCAGACCCACCAGAGCCAGCAAACAGGUCUGGUCCAGCUGCAGUCCUCCGUGAACUGCUGCUCCACGUCAGACAACCAGACAUCGUCACAACAUGACAUGACCAUGGACAUGAACACGGCCUCCUCCCUCCAACAGUACCGCAGUAGGGUCGGAUCCUCUGCCAAUCAGUCUCCAACCUCCCCUGUCUCCAAUCAAGGCUUCUCACCUGGAGGCUCGCCUCAACAUAACUCCAUACUGGGCAGCGUGUUUGCAGACUUCUACGACCAGCAGCUCCCGUCCAUUCAGGCCAGUGCUCUCUCACAGCAGUUGGAGCAGUUCAACAUGAUGGAAAUCCCCAUCAGCUCUGACAGCCUGUAUAACCAGACCUCCACCCUCAACUACUCCCAGGCACUUAUGAUGGGUUUGACUGGCCAUUGCAACCUUCAGGACUCGCAGCAGCUGGGCUACAGUAGCCAUGGCAACAUCCCUAACAUCAUUCUCACAGUGAGCGGAGAGUCUCCCCCCAGCCUGCCCAAGGACCUGACUGGCUCGCUGUCCACAGAUGUCAGCUUCGAUGUCGACUCUCCGUUCCCGCUGGACGAUCUGAAAUUCGACCCGCUGACGCUCGAUGGCCUGCACAUGCUCAACGACCCGGACAUGAUCCUCGCUGACGCCGCCACAGAGGACGCGUUCCGCCUUGACCGGCUCUAACCACACCACCACCACAUGCUCAUGCACAGGUGUGUGAAUGCUGCUGCCCUGGGGAGGAGCG